CGACAUAAACACAUCACACUUCAACAAUUUUUUGAAUAAAACAAAAAAAAAAAUGAUAUUCACUAACAAAAAAUAUAUAUAAAUACACAACAGAAACAACUCAUAGAAAUGAGGCCAAGAAACAACAACAACAAUAACAGAUUCAAUUUCAACCUAAAUUCCAACAAUCUCGAAGAAUCACCAAAAUCACGUCGAAGAAUCACUUUUCUAAAUAAUCGCGUUUCACUUUUAAUGGCGGGACAAUCACGGAAAUGGAUGAUCCUUGUCGUUACAAUAUGGAUUCAAGCAUUUACAGGGACGAAUUUCGAUUUUUCGCAAUAUUCGUCGUCGUUGAAAUCUGCUCUUGAAAUCUCGCAGGUUCAGCUGAAUUAUUUGGCUACUGCGAAUGAUAUGGGGAAGAUUUUUGGUUGGUCUUCUGGUUUAGCGCUUAUGCAUCUUCCUGUUUCGGUUGUUAUGUUCAUUGCUGCGUUUAUGGGGUUUCUUGGUUAUGGUGUUCAAUGGCUUCUCAUUAAUCAUUUCAUUUCUUUGCCUUAUUUUCUGGUGUUCCUUCUGAGUCUUUUAAGUGGCUGCAGCAUAUGCUGGUUCAACACAGUAUGUUUUAUUCUCUGCAUUAGGAAUUUUCCAGUUAACCGAACACUUGCAUUGUCGCUCACUGUGAGUUUCAAUGGUGUCAGUGCGGCCCUUUACACCCUUGCUGCAAAUUCAAUAGAUCCAUCACCUGACUCGUUGUAUCUUCUUUUGAAUGCUCUUGUUCCUCUUUUUGUUUGCAUUGCAGCGACCAUUCCAAUUCUUCGCCAACCACCUUUAGACCCUCUCCCUCCUGAUGCAGUUAACCGGGACUCGCUAGUAUUUCUAAUCUUGAACUUCUUAGCCAUCUUCACUGGCCUUUAUCUCCUUUUGUUUGGCUCAUCUGCUUCCUCCAUGGCUUCAGCCCGGCUCCACUUUGGUGGAACUGUUCUUCUCCUCAUCCUCCCAUUGUUUAUUCCUGGCAUCGUAUAUGCUCGGGCUUGGGCUCAGCGUACCAUCCAUUCCAGCUUCCAGGUAGAAGGAUCCAGCAUUAUUCUUAUUCAUGAUGAUGAUCUUGAGCUGCAUAAAGAACUACUUAGCCGCCACAAUAGUAGUAUUGUUGGCAAUGGAGAUGGUUACAGCCUGCUAAGUGACAACGGAUCCAUGUUUUCAAGUCAGAAGGAAAGUGAUAGUGAUGUGUGUUGUGAUAGGAUGAUUGGCCAGGAUCACUUGACAAUGCUAGGAGAAGAGCACUCGGCUGCGGUGAUUGUCCGCAGAUUAGACUUUUGGCUAUACUACAUCACAUACUUCUGUGGAGGUACGAUUGGUCUUGUCUAUAGCAAUAAUCUGGGACAGAUUGCUCAAUCUCUCGGUCUGAAAUCAAGUACUUCUUCCCUUGUUACUCUCUAUGCAUCCUUUUCGUUUUUCGGCCGCUUGCUUUCAGCUGGACCAGAUUAUGUUCGUAGUAAGUUCUACUUUGCAAGAACUGGUUGGCUCUCCAUUGCACUUAUACCAACACCAAUUGCGUUCUUCUUGCUUGCCGCAUCAGACAGUUCUCUGGCACUGCAUACUGGAACUGCACUAAUUGGGUUGAGUUCUGGUUUCAUAUUUGCUGCUGCUGUUUCAGUUACAUCUGAACUGUUUGGACCCAAUAGUGUAGGUGUCAAUCACAACAUUCUCAUAACAAAUAUCCCAAUUGGUUCACUUCUCUAUGGUUUUCUUGCUGCACUAGUGUAUGAUGCCCAUGCACACUCAACACCGGGAAACUUGACAACGUCGGACUCAGUAGUUUGCAUGGGAAGGCAAUGCUACUUCUGGACAUUUAUCUGGUGGGGAUGCACAUCUGUCGUGGGACUAGGUUCUAGUACGCUGUUAUUCCUAAGAACCAAAUAUGCGUAUGAACAUUUUGAGAACCACCGUAUUUCAACGCAAGUUAUUGUGCCUUAACUUUUGUUGUUGAUGAGACAUGAUGAUCACCUGUACAGGCGUCGAGAGGCAGAGUAAAAAGCUAGAGUGAUUUUUAAAGAAUGCAUGUAUUGUAGUGUUAUAUCGUAUAUAGGAAGAGUUAGAUAUCGAGAGGCGACGAGGAUAAGGAUUUUGCAUUACUUUUUUACAGUGCACAAAAUAAAUGAAAAAAAGAAGAUAAAGAAAAGUAGUUUUAGACGUUGAGAAAAUAUGCAGCAAUAAUACAGAAUGACGCGUGGUCCUUCCGGAAGUUUUGCAGCCAUGAUUUGGUUCGAUUAAGCAAAUUACUUCUGUGCUUGGAACAGAGUUUUAUGCUUUAGCCUUGUUUGAGGCAUGCUGGAUCCAAUGAUGCUGCCAUCUUAUGAUUUUGUGUAUAUUUCAGAAAGAUAUUUUUCAACAAGGCUAAACAUGAAAUUUUAAAGAUCUCCAAAGAAUAUGGGGAACAAUUACCCAUUUACCUUA